CUUGGAGGCGGCUGGGGGGUCUCCCGGCUGAGCUGUGUGUUCCUUACGGGCGACAGCGCACGUGUUUGUCUGUAAAUCGCAGCCGCUCACACUGCGCAAGCACUUAGAUAGGCAGGCCUCCCGUUUAGGCGACUGUGUUAGCGAAGUGGGUCCUGGUUCCAAGAGCUAAGUCGCAGAAUUAACACCGUCUUCUCAGUGUAGGAACGGAGCAGGGAGCGCUGGGCUGCUAACAGAAAGAUCGGCGGUUCCAACCCACCAGCCGAUCCGCGAGAGAAAAGACCUGGCGCUCUUCUUCGAUAACAAGUUGUUGGAAAAGUCAGAUCUUCAUUCAGUGUUGGCCCAUAAACUACAAGCUGAAAAGCAUGACGUGGCAAACAGGCACGAGAUAAGUCCUGGACAUGAUGGCACCUGGAACGAUGGUCAGCUGCAGGAAAUGGCCCAGCUGAGGAUUAAGCACCAGGAAGAGCUGACGGAAUUACACAAGAAGCGUGGGGAGCUAGCUCAGCUGGUGAUUGACCUGAAUAACCAAAUGCAACAGAAGGACAGGGAGAUACAGACGAAUGAAGCCAAAAUCGCAGAAUGUCUGCAGACCAUCUCGGACUUGGAGACGGAGUGCCAAGAGCUGCGCAGUAAGCUUCAGGACCUCGAGAGAGUCAACCAGACCCUGAAGGAUGAAUAUGAUGCUCUGCAGAUCACGUUUACAGCCCUGGAGGAGAAACUGAGGAAGACUACUGAGGAAAACCAGGAGCUGGUCACCAGGUGGAUGGCCGAGAAAGCCCAGGAAGCCAACCGCUUAAAUGCAGAGAACGAGAAGGACUCAAGGAGGCGGCAAGCCCGGCUGCAGAAAGAGCUUGCGGAAGCUGCAAAGGAGCCGCUGCCUGUCGGACAGGACGAUGACAUUGAAGUUAUCCUGGACGAGACCUCUGAGCAUCCUGAAGAGACUUCUCCGGUACGGGCCAUCAGCAGAGCAGCCACUAAGCGACUCUCGCAGCCUGCUGGAGGCCUUCUGGAUUCUAUCACUAAUAUCUUUGGGAGGCGCUCCGUCUCGUCCCCUCCAGUGCCCCCGGACAACGCGGAUGCUCACCCUGGCUCUAGUAAAGACGUGAGGGUGCCAACUACCACGCUGUGUGUCUUCGAUGCACACGACGGAGAGGUGAACGCCGUGCAGUUCAGUCCUGGCUCCCGGCUGCUGGCCACUGGCGGCAUGGAUCGCAGAGUCAAACUUUGGGAAGUGUUUGGAGACAAGUGUGAGUUCAAGGGUUCCCUCUCUGGCAGUAAUGCAGGAAUUACAAGCAUUGAAUUUGAUAGUGCUGGAUCUUACCUCUUAGCAGCUUCAAAUGAUUUUGCAAGCAGAAUCUGGACCGUGGAUGAUUAUCGAUUACGGCACACACUCACGGGACACAGCGGGAAAGUGCUGUCCGCCAAGUUCCUGCUGGACAACGCUCGCAUCGUCUCAGGAAGCCACGACCGCACCCUGAAACUCUGGGACCUCCGCAGCAAAGUCUGCAUAAAGACGGUGUUUGCAGGUUCCAGCUGUAACGAUAUUGUCUGCACAGAGCAGUGUGUCAUGAGCGGACACUUUGACAAGAAAAUUCGUUUCUGGGACAUCCGAUCUGAGACUAUCGUCCGAGAGAUGGAGCUGCUGGGAAAAGUGACCGCCCUGGACUUAAACCCAGAUCGCACGGAGCUGCUAAGCUGCUCCCGUGACGACCUGCUGAAAAUUAUCGAUCUACGAAAAAACGCCGUCAGGCAGUCGUUCAGUGCCCCUGGCUUCAAGUGCAGCUCCGACUGGACCAGAGCCGUGUUCAGCCCUGACGGCAGCUUCGUGACUGCAGGCUCGGCCGAGGGCUCUCUCUACGUCUGGAGUGUGGUCACAGGGAAGGUGGAGAAGGUCCUUUCCAAGCAGCACAGCUCGUCCAUCAACGCCGUGGCCUGGUCCCCCUCUGGCUCGCACGUCGUCAGCGUGGACAAAGGAAGCAAAGCUGUGCUGUGGUCGGACUAUUGACAGCGGUGCUGGGAGCACGGGCACCCUGGUUGAAGGAGGGGAGCCAGGCUCGCAUGGCUGUGGGGCUGCAAUCUGGGGUGCUGUCUGGACUGCGGGGUGCACGUCCACACAGCAUGCCCAAGGGGCCUUGCUCUGAGAAGAUUGCUGAGGAUGGUGACGAUGGCUCCACCGCCUGAGAGCCACACUGAGGCGUGUGACCUGCAGGCGUGUCCACAGGGGCAGGCCCUUGCCUGUGGCUGCUGGGAAACACUACUGGUUCUUCCAUACCUCAGCGGGCGGCAGCCAGGCACCGCUGGCCCAUGGUGCCAACACGCCCAUGGGCUGGGAGUCUGUCCUCCCGUGCUUCCUCCCGUCCGCCCGCAGCCGGUUCUGGCCUUACGCAUGUCGCAUCCUCACCCCCUUGUUCUGGUUGUUCCCUUUGUCUGAGUGACCUCGGGGUCACUGUUCGGAAACCCAAAGCACAGGAAUGUUUCCCUCUCAAAGGAGGUGGGGCCAUGGCCGUCUCGGUGGUCUGCGUCUCCCUCUUGGGGCUCUGGUCCUGCUCUGCCUCGUUACUGCUGAAAUUUCUUUGGGGUUUUCCCACUUUUUUUGGAAAAACGUCUUCAGAGCUCCUGACUCUUGUCCACGCAAACCAUCCUGCAUAUUUGUUUUUGGAGAUGGAAGUAAAUCUCAAUUUGAUUUAAAACAAAAGUUACGGUCAGGGAGGAAGUGUAGAACGUUGUGCCUGAGCAGUGGGGCUACUGCAGAGAUAAAGAAUGUUCAGGCAAACCUGUAGGUUCCCGGGAGGGGUGCACACCCCGUUCCGUCCAGGUGUGUCUAGGUCACAGCCGUGGCGACAGGCAGUUGCAGGCCUGUGAAGUAUUACUCGAGCUGGUCAGGCCGGGCAGGGCUGGUGCCCCUUUGCCAGGUGGGUGUGCAGUGCCCUUGGUGUGACGGCUUCAGGGGAUGGGGGUUGAGAUCGAGGCCGGGGUUAAAUUGGCCCUGGGUUUUCAUCUUCACCGUUUGGCCUGUGUAUAAAAUUCUGGUUCCUUGUUUGGGUGUGGAGAGCACCAGUGGUUUUAUCACUUCUUAAUUUGCACUUUAUUUUUUUCCUUCCACACCUGUUUCUGGAGGGGCGGGUGGAAGGGGACAGAUGCCAGGGCGCCUCUGACGAGGGUGGGGUCUCGUUCCUUCUUCCUCUUCUUCCACCCCCUCUGCGGUUUGCUCUUCAGAGGACUUGUUUGGGGGGAGCUGAAAUUCACAGGCCAGGGCCAUGUCUUUUAUUUAUUUAAUUAUGUCACCCAAUGAACUUGAUUGUAAAUAAAAAACAAAGCAAAUCUGCUAUAUACUUUUCCAA